AUGGCAGUGGUUGUACCUAGUUGGGAUUCUUGUUGCUCUGGCAAACCGCCCACGACUACCAGCAAUGAUGAUUCUCAGUGCGCUAGGCUCUAUCACAACGAUAACAUCAACCGAUUCCUAGCCGAUGAAACUCAACGAUGUCCAGUUGGCCUUGGCCCUGAGCAAACACAAAGCGAAGCCGAAACUGUAGGAAAAGCUCGCGUGUUCGAAAAUCUGCAAGCUUUUGAUGUACAGUUUGACUGCGACAAAUUUCCGAGAGCAAAGGGAGUCUUGAAGGUAGGUAUCAAACGAGUGCAUGAGGUGCCAUUGUCCGAUCACAAUGGGCAAAGGGGUAUCCAGCCAGUCACCAUUGGCUUGAUAGCCAUGGGCGGAGCAUUUUACAGCGCCCAGAACUAG